AAACCGGAAGAGGUGUCGACGCAGUUGUUGUCUCUGUUCAGGUCCACGGCGACUACAGACGCCACAAAGCCCGUCGGGUGAGCACAAAGCGACCGUCCAGCUCCCGGUAAAUAAACUCUUCGGUCUAACGCUGCUUUACAUGAAGGACUCUGGUUGCUAUUCUGUGGAAGUAGCAACUCUGUGUGUGUGUGUGGGUGGGUGUAUCUGAGACAUCACUGUGCAGUGUAUGUGUGUAUGUGAGUGGGUGCGUAUAGCGCCGUUCUGCAUUGGCUGUGAUGUCUUCAGAGCUGCUGGUAGAUUUGGGUGAAGACCCUGCAACCGCACAGUUGGGACAGCUGAAGUUGGCCACAAUAGAGGACCAGCAGUGGCCCGCUGAUGAGUCCACUCUCAGCAAGUCAGAGACGGACAUCUCCCAGCGCUUUGAUGCUGGCUCUCCCCACCUGCCCUGGGAUCAUCCCUACUAUGACAUCGCCCGACAUCAAAUCAUUGAAGUGGCAGGUGAUGACAACUUUGGCAGGAAGGUCAUAGUGUUUAAUGCCUGCAGGAUGCCUCCACAGCACCAGCUGGAUCAUCACAAGCUGCUCAUGUAUCUUAAAGGAACUCUGGAUCAGUAUGUUGAAAGUGACUACACUCUUAUCUACUUCCACCACGGCCUGACCAGUGAAAACAAGCCAUCGCUUGGCUGGCUACGAGAUGCAUACAGGGAGUUUGACAGAAAGUAUAAGAAGAACAUCAAGGCUCUGUACAUCGUCCAUCCCACCAUGUUCAUCAAGACUCUGCUGAUCCUCUUCAAACCAAUCAUCAGUUUUAAGUUUGGCAGGAAGAUCAACUAUGUGAGCUAUCUGAGUGAGCUGGAGGACGUGGUGAAGUGUGAGCAGCUGCUCAUUCCUGCCCGUGUCAAAGAGUAUGACAACAAGUUGAGAGCAUCUAUGAAGCCGACUGCCCAGCCACCCAUGUCUCCUCCUCGCAGCCCUCCUCUCCCCAACCAGGUGUUUGGGGUGCCGCUCUCAUUACUCAGACAGAGGAGUUCUGAUGAUGACAGCGUUCCCGUGGUGAUGAGGGACACCAUCAGCUUCCUUUCAGAGCAAGGUUUGGAGAUUGAAGGGAUCUUCAGACGGUCUGCCAAUGUGACUCUGGUAAAGGAGGUCCAGCUCAAAUACAACUCGGGCGUGCCUGUGAAUUUCAGCGCGAUGGAAGACGUCCACCUGGCUGCUGUGAUUCUGAAGACGUUCCUGAGGGAGCUCCCUGAACCUCUGUUGACCUACCAGCUCUACAAUGACAUCGUCAAUUUUGCCUCUGUGUCCAGUGACAGCCAGGUGACUGUUAUGAAGACGCUGGUGGAGUCGCUGCCAGAGGAGAACUAUGCAUCACUGCGGUACCUCAUCACAUUUCUGGCUCAGGUAUCAGCCAACAGUGAAGUGAAUAAGAUGACCAACAGUAACCUGGCCGUAGUGUUUGGUCCUAACCUGCUCUGGGGACGGGACAACGCCAUGUCUCUCAGCGCCAUUGGGCCAAUCAACAACUUCACCAGAACCCUGCUGGACCAGCAGCAUCUGGUGUUUACCUAAAUCCCUCCCCCUUCCCCUUCCCCUUCCCCGUAGUCUCUCUUCCAGUCAGAAACUCCACUGACCCCCCCACCCCUUCCUCUACAGCAUUUACUCUUUAGCUCACCCCUGCUCCUGACCAAUCAGGAGCUUCAUCAGGGUACUUCUCUACCAACAGCACUUAGACAUGCCAACUUCAUCUGCUUUUCCAUUUAAACCUCUUACACGUGGACCAAUUACAUUUCACUUUGUCUCACAACCCAGUCCUAACUGCAUGUGUUUCUACCUGUAUUUCUGUGUGUCUCAGGCCCUGCCUGAACACAGUCUGCUUAUCAUCUUUUAUCUCUAUAUGGAGAUUAAUAGCAGUUCAUAGACGUCCCCAGUCUCUCUCUGUAUAUCUGUGCUGUGCUGUUGUCAGUCUGUCUCUCUGCUGUUUUCUAUAUAGUGCCAAAAAACAUAAAAACUGGCCCCCGGCUUUCACAGAAAGACACACGCACAGAGAAGGGCGAUAGUACUAUAUAAUAUUCUAAUUCUAAUAAUAACUGAAGCAGUGCAGUAACCAAAUGUCCCCCGUAUGAAUUAUAAUCCCAAACUAAAGAGCGGAGAGGAGGUGUGAGUCCGCAUCUCCAUGAAAGUCUCAGGUUAACUUACAAGCGGUGAACUUGGUACCAGAUGUUGACAAUCUCUGAAAUGCUGUAAUUAAAGUAAGCAGUAGAACAGGAGCUGUGUGACUCUACCAGCAGAUCAUUACGUGUUAGAACCCAAACACAGCUGUGCAUGUGGGUGCUGGACCUGGACUCACAGCCCUGUAAUAUACUGUGUUAUACCCAUAUAGUGUAUGUAUGAUUCUCUCCUAACCAUAUUUGUCCUUUUAAUAUUGUAUUAGUUAAGCUCCAGAUGUUUCCCCCUGUCACUACAUUAGCACUGACUAAACUCUGUUGUCAUUGAGUAACUGUGAUUUUGUCUCAUCGUAGCUCAUCAAAGUAGCUGUUUGUUUUUUUUGUUAAUGGUACGGAGUACACAGCUGACACAGCGCCAUACAGUGAAGUCUCAAAUAGAAAACACAGCAGCUGCAGAAACUCUUCAGCAUGUUCUUCAAUAGUGGCCCGGGCCUUUAUUUACCUCAGUGGUCAGAGAACCAGCUCUUGAUUUGAAUUUCCCCUGCUCCCACUUAAAGCCAACUCAGCACCUGCUCCGUGUUUACCUGUUGUCUCCAUGAAUUCAGUAUAAUGUCCAUUUUCACAGCACUCUACUGCUCUUUUCUUUUUCACAGUAAAAGUCUUCCCGUGUUUUUUCUGGAUUGGUAGAUUUUAAAUGUGAAACGUUUGUAGGAAGCGUUGAGGUUCAUUGACAGCAGCUCCAAAGUGGAAAGACUUGUAGCUGUCACUUUUCACAGCUGCAUUUUAAUGUCAAUUGUGACACAUUUUUAAAAACUCGUCCAUAGAUCUUCAGUGUACUUAGUAUGACACAUCACAUGUAACAUUCAGUGUACAUGUUACUGGCUUCGACCCCUACAUGUGGGUAUAACAUGCUAACUUGCUAACAAAGGUAAUUUCGUUUCACUCUGCAGUUUGUCACCAGUCACAUUAUUAAUGAAAUAACCACUCAGUUCAUUUAUUAAUAGAUAUCGCAUGAGCUCCUAUCAAUAUUAGCUGCUGUCAUAGCUGCCAAAGGAAAUGAGAGCAUCCAAUAGGCUUUAUAGUAGAAGGACCUCAGACUGUACCACAUAGAGUAAAUUACAGGGGGUAUCAUUGUUUCAGGGAAUAGUUUUUUUAAAGUACCCCAAACAGUUUAUUUUUUGACACAGAGAUAUUAUUUGAGUUGAAUAUGAACUAAGUUUGUGUGUAGGAGAAAGCUCCUGGGCUAAAGUCAGGGUUGAGGUCUAGCCUUUGUUUUUCUGUUGACCGAUGGAUGUUCUUUUGAGAAGUUUUACAAGUUUUUCAGUUUUUUUUAUUUUUGUAUAUAGAUUUUUUUUUUUUUUUGCAUGGUGUGAACUACAAACACAACAGUCUGGCCUCUGUGCGCUCUCCCUCCACCAUGAGGCCAAUCCUUUUCAGGAGGAAACAAGUCUUUUUUUAUUUAUUUGGAUUCCUCUCCCAUAUAGCACGAAGUAUCCCUUUUAAGAGAAGUUCAAGUAUUGAUACUGUUGUUAUGUGACUUGUAUUUAUCUUCUUUUUUUUUUUUAAUCUACUUAGACCACUAAUGGAGUUUGUCCAAGUUGUAUGGCAGUUUCUGGUGCCUGCCGUGUCUUCAUCACGCAGGGUCCUCUGGUCUUUUAGUGAAGGAUCAUCCACAACAAGCUGUGCAGUUAUCAGAUCCAGGAUCAGAGCCAGGUCCUUUAAUCUGCCUUAGUUACCAGCUGACAGCGGUGUGGACUUGACAAAAUCAGAAAAAGACUCUAAUUGGACUUAUGACUCAGGCUGUAGCCUUUUGUCUUGGAAUGAACCCAACGAUCAUGAAACAGUGCCGGUCAGUCAGCUUGGACUUGACUUGAGAUUUGUUGCUUUGCACUUAAGACUUUAAAAACCAAGACUUGGGACUUACUUGUGACUUUCAAAACAUUGUUUUUGUCCCACCUCUGUUUAUUGUGUGCAUUAACAGCAUGCUCGUGUAGCUUAAGGCUCACAGCUGGAGGUUUAAGACCCUGGAGGGGUCGUAAGAUGACGUGUAGCAUAGGUGGAUAAGAAGAAGACAAAACAUUACUGCUAUCCAAAAUUAUGUUAAUUAUUUUUUGGCACCAGUGUCUAAAGGUACAGCUUUCUGGGCAGUAAGUAGUCCAGUGCUGGUGGAGGGUUUUCUGACAUUGUUGUUGAAGCUUCAUGUAGCUACGCUGUCUAUUCACACUAACAUCAUCCUGGACCAAGGUUGUAAUUUGGCUAAAAGAGAAGAGCUGUGUCUGAUUGUUCUUUUCAUUUAGUUCACUCGUUAUGUCAUGUUUUGUCAUUUCCAGGCCAAAUAGUAUUUCUGCAGUUAUCGUUGCCUGUACUCUGUGGUGCGUCUUCAAGCUUUAUUUUGGUCUUCAUUAAGUUCCCAAAGCCUUAAUUUAAAGAACUUUUUUUUUUCCAAAUUUCUUGCUACCUGUCUCCAAAUUAAUCUCAUCUAAAGCAUUCCAUUCUCUGUAAAACAUGGAGUUUAGCAGCUCAGUGUACUUUUGACUGACCGUCAUGAUGUGUUCUGUAUGACUUUGGUAAUCACAGGAACAAAAAAAAAAAAAAAGGAGUUCCCUGUCCGACCUCUGUGACCCCGAUCACUCGUGUCUCUUUAAGUCAUGCAGUCUCUCCUGGCCAAAAGAUGCUGUUGAAUCUUGACUUUUGUCAAUGGCCAAAACAUUAGCAGUAGGUAAAUAUAAGUGUUGUAAUGUUGCUAUGAUUCUUAAUAUGAUGUGACUGAAACGUACCAAAAGGUCAAAUUUAGUUUGACUGAUGAUGAAAGCAAAAAAAAAAAAUCUCAGAUGUUUACCUGUUGUAACUCCCAGUCAUACCAAUGCCAUGGGGAUUGGCAUGCUAUUGGUGUAUACUGUAUAUGGGUGUGUGUGUGUGUGUGUGUGUGUGUGUGUGUGUGUGUGUGUGUGUGUGUGUGUGUGUGUUAACUCAGCUGGACCCAGCACAUUUGAACUGUUGGGCUUUAAAUAUAUAGUUAAAACAUUUAAAAACUAGGGCUCAUGUCAGUUGAGAUUUGUGUGAUAUAUGAGUGAGAGUGUGUGUGUAUUAUUGCUGUCAGGUGAAAACAUGAUAUAAUUUUGGUGUGUUUUCUUUCAGUUGACAGAGUUGUACAACCGUUCUCUGACAACAUAUUCAAAACCUUGUU